AUGCCCUUCCUGCCUGGCAUCUUCUCUUUUGAGAGCUUCCUGCUUGAGGGUGCAGAUGCUGAAACAGAGCACUGGUCUCCUCAGAUUCCUGGCGGCUUCGUCAACAACACCCAAGUCAUCAUUGGUGGCCAGUCCCAAAUUGUGACCAUCAACAGGCAGUGGCACGUGGCAAUCAUUGAGCAAAGCAGCAUCAGCGGGUCCUGGAAAACCAUCUGGAACUACAACACGGGCGUCGUUGCAACCAAAGUCACGCAACAGAGCACCUGCUACAUUUCCAUCAUGAACAAAAAUGAGAUGCCCAGCUUCAGUAAUCUGGCCCGCCUGGCACAAGAGAGCAGGAACCAGAUUGGCUUUGGAAGACCUACCAAGAAGAUCACCUUUGUCGCCAACGGACUGGUCAACAACCUCAGCUCUUACGGAUCAGAUGUCUUCUCCAUGUGCAGUGGACUCACCACCUACAUGGCUUACGAAGUUCACGCCGAGGUCUUAGGCGCUAGCUCAUGGGGUUUUGCUUCUUCCUUCCUUGCUUUCCAAGGACUCCAAGUGAAUCUGGGAUCAUGCAUUGCCCUCAAUGUCCUGAGAGUCGUGGAGCUUCAGUACUGCACUGGCAAUGGCGAUGGCAAUGGACAGUGUCCGCAGACAGAUAAAAACUGCCAUUAUUCUGGUGCAUGUAUUUACCAAAACAUAACUGUCAGUAGUCAAGCACACAUGGCAAUUAUCGAGCAAAGGAGCAACCACCUCUCAUGGAAAACCAUCUGGAACUAUAACAUGGGCAUCAUUGCAACCAAAUUGGUGCAAGAGAGAACGUGCUACAUUUCCACCAUGAUCAGAAAUGAGAUGCCCAGCUUUGAUGCUCUUGUCCUAUACGCUUCAGAGAACAGGAACCAGAUUGGCUUUGGAAGACCUACCAAGAAGAUCACCUUUGUCGCCAACGGACUGGUCAACAACCUCAGCUCUUACGGACCAGAUGUCUUCUCCAUGUGCAGUGGACUCACCACCUACAUGGCUUACGAAGUUCACGGACCCCAGCUGAAUCAGGGAUCAUGUAUCUCACUUGAUGUCCUUAAACUUGUGGACCUGAAUUAUUGUGAUGGCAGUAUCAAGGCCUGAAAACUUUAUCUUUCUUCAGUCAAAUACAGAGGCUCUGAGCUGCUUACCAAGGCAAACCUCGAUGCCAUUCUUCCCUAACAUCUCCUUUUAGAGAUGUUCUUGGGGAUUCAGAUUCUGACACAGAUCAACUAGUGACCACAUCUUCCAAAUAAAUUCCUUCAUUAUGGAUUAACUCCAGCUUGUUUGUCAUUACUCUACCCUUUUUCAUCUAAGAACCCCUCCACAAAAAUAUUUUUAUUGCCUCUCUUCUGCCCCAUUUCAGCCCUUCAAAUGCUCUUUUCAUUGCCAGCUCUCAAUACAGGGCACUGCCAGAGAGCUGGGCAAGCCCCAGGGUGUGUAUGGUACAAACAAGACAUUCACAAUUAGGAC